AUGGAGGUAGUGAUUGAAAGUAUACCAACCAGAGUGACAGAUGAAGAUAAUGCUAUAUUACUCAGUCCAGUUAGUAUGGAGGAGGUGCGUAACGCUGUAUUUCACAUGCACCCGGAUAAAUCUCCGGGUCCAGAUGGAUUUGGACCAGGAUUUUUUCAACACUUCUGGGACAUUGUUGGUGGGGAAGUGACGAUGUUUUGCAGAAGUAAUGGAUUGUUGCAUGGGGUUAGAGUUGCGCGUGGAGCCCCGCAGAUUUCACACCUUCUCUUUGCAGACGAUUGCUUCCUUUUCCUCCGUGCAAACACUAAAGAAAGCAUACAUAUGAAAUGGGUACUUGACACUUACUCAGCUGCUUCAGGUCAACAGAUAAAUUUUGAUAAAUUAAUUCUUUGUUUUAGUGCUAAUGUACAUGCCCAAACGAGGAAUGAUGUGGUUGAUGCGUUGGGUGUACGUGAAGGAAACACUUCUGGAAAAUACUUGGGGCUCCCCUCACUUGUAGGGAGGAAUAAAAAAGUGAUCCUAGCUUAUUUGAAAGACAAAAUAGUGGCUAGAGUCUGUAACUGGAACACUAGAUUUUUGUCUCCUGCAGGCAGGGAAGUGUUGCUGAAGACGGUUAUACAGACUAUGCCUUCUUAUGCUAUGAUGGUUUUUCUGUUGCCUUUAGGCUUGUGCAGGGAGAUUGAGACUAUAAUGAAUGAAUACUGGUGGACCAGGACAACGGGUAAUGGCAAGGGGAUAAAGUGGAAGUCAUGGAAUGGCCUUUGUGCACCAAAAUCACGAGGUGGAAUGGGGUUUCGAAAACUCCAUGAAAUGAACUUAGCGUGUAGCAACCCCUCCUUUAUUUGGAGAGGUAUGCUGGAGGUUCAGAGUGUCCUUAAAAAAGGCUGUAUGGAUCCAUGGCUACCAGUGGAGUUGGAACCGUAUGUUCAGACUGCUUUACAUGAAACAAUUGCCAAUGCACCAGUAUCCUCGUUGUUAAAUGCCCACGGCACAGGCUGGGAUGCGGAGUAUAUACGGGAUAUCUUUGAUCCUUGUGAUGUUGAAAGAAUUCUAAACAUUAUAUUCCCCUGA